CUACCGCUGCCAGUGUUACAGCUGGGUGAAUUUGGUCCCUAAUGGAUGGGUGCUGAAAGUGGUUGCCGUGGUGACCAUAGAAUGGAUUCCUGUCUUCUGCAGUAGCGUCAGUACACAGAAUAUUACAAGAUGAUCCGAAUAGCAGCUUUAAAUGCCACUUCUGCUGUGGAAGAAGAACACGAAGAAACUUUCAAAAGUCACAAAACACAGACAAAGGAAGCUCAGGAAGCUGAGGCAUUUGCACUUUAUCACAAAGCCUUGGACCUGCAGAAGCUUGACCGUUAUGAUGAAUCUUCACAGGCCUAUCACCAGCUGCUUGACACCCGUCUUUUACAGGAAGCUGUCCCGGUGACCGAUGAAAAGGAAGGUCUGAAACAUCCUGGUUUGAUGCUUAAGUAUUCAACAUAUAAGAAUCUGGCACAACUUGCAACGAAAAGGGAAGAUUUGGAAACUGCAAUGGAAUAUAACCUAGAGGCUGUUAUGCUGGACUCUACUGACGUUAACUUAUGGUACAAGAUUGGUCAACUAGCACUUCGCCUUGUACGCAUUCCACUGGCCCGACAUGCAUUUGAAGAAGGACUCCAGUGUAAUCCUGAUCACUGGCCAUGUCUGGAUAACCUGGUCUUGGUCCUGUAUACAAUCAGUGAUUAUAGUAAUUGUCUGUACUUCAUCUGUAAGGCUCUGGAGAGAGACUGUCGCUACAGCCAAGGCCUGGUACUUAAGGAGAAGAUUUUUGAGGAGCAGCCAGGUCUUAGGAAAGAUUCUUUCCGUAUGUUUAUGAAAUGUGACAUUUCUAUUCAUGACGUGAAUGUCAGUGAGGAAGAGUCAAACAAAAUUGUUGAGGAAGCAUUAGAAUUGCGCAGGAAGAGACAGGCUUUAAAUGUGAGGAAGCAGGAGCCUGAUUUAAAGCUGGUGCAACCAAUCCCAUUUUAUACGUGGAAGUGUCUUGGUGAAAGCCUUCUGGCUAUGUAUCGUCACCUAACAACCUGUAAACCUCCUCGUCCUAGUUUAGGAAAAAAGGUUGACCUUUCAGACUACAAAGAUGCACUGCAACCUCCUCCUGUUCUCCAGACCUCAUCUCCAAUAAGCAAAUCCACAGAUGCACCCAGCAUCUCGACUCCUACAACACCAACUAUUACAGUACCAGAACCAGUUUCUUCACUUUUCUCUACUACUCCUUCCCUGCCUCCUCAGAAUAUCAAUGAUCCCUGCAAUGCACAAGCAGAUCAGUCAGCAAGUGACAAGAGCAAGAAAGGUGUGAAGAGGAAGAGAGUGUCAGAGGAUGCUGGAGAAACAGCUAAGAGACGCUCUGCCCGUGUCCGUAACACCAGAUGCAAAAAGGAGGAGAGAAUCGAUUUUCAAGAAUUGUUAAUAAAAUUCUUACCUUCCAGGCUACGCAAAUCUGACUCAGAGGAAGAAGAGGAUUCUAUAGGCAACUAUGAGAUGCAAUCAGACCUAAAACAGGCCAAUUUCCAAGUUGGUGAUCAUAUGAUGUCAUUUGAUUCCACUACAUUCAUGGAGUCAGAGAAGCAAGAUGUGCACCAAUUUUUGUUGUAUAAUCUGGAAAAUGGUGGUAUUCUGGAGCUCUUGAUGAGAUAUUUGAAAAUGAUUGCUCAGAAAUUCUUGGUGAAGUGGCCUCCAGGUCUUGCAGAUGUUGUGCUUAAUAUAUACAUUAGUUGGCGAAAGCACAGUAGUGGGCUGCCCAACCCACUUCUCAGGGACUGCAACAACCAGCACAUUCGGGACAUGAUGGUUAUGAGUUUGACUUGCAUGGAGCUUCAGCUGGACCAAUGGCUUCUGUCUAAAGUAAAGAAUGGCACAGCAUCUCCUUGGAAGUUUCCUGCUGGAGUUACUGGAGAAUGCUUUGGAAACGAGUUCUCUGGAUCUCACUUUGUGGAGGAUCAGAUGAUGAUGGGUUUUGCAGCUUCUCAACGUGACCUGUUUCCAGAUGGCUGGCUCAAUUAUGUAGUGAGAGUGUACUGGCUGAAAGCAAGAUUAUUGGCUCUGCAGGGGGACAUGGAACAGGCUUUAGAAAACUUUGACAUCUGCACUGACCUCUUUCAAACUCCAGAAGCUAGAGAAUACAGAUUGAAAACAAAUGAAGGAACUGUGGUAGUAAGACUACCAAACCUGCAUCUAGACUCUACAGUAUCUGUGGAAGAGAUUGAGAAUAGUCUGAAGUCUUUGGAGAGAUGCCAGUCCCUGGAGGAGAUCCAACGAUUACAUGAAUUAGGGGACUAUUCAUCUGUGGUUCGGCUAGUGUGCCCUACAUUGUGUAUGAGUGGUUAUAGCCAGACUAAACACCUUGAUUUCAUGACAUCACCUCCUGAACGGCCUGCCCAACUGCUACUUAUGCAGGAUUCCUUACUGAAACUCUCAGAAUUCAAACAGUGUUUUGAGUGUUCAGAGGUUGCACUGAAUGAAGCAAUUCAACAUAUGAUGAGCCCGACAUCUGGCUCAGCUAAGGAGGAAUGGGUUGCCACAGCAACACAGUUACUCUCGGGGAUCGAUCUGUCUUUAUCAUCUGACAGCAGUAUUUUGCAGAGACCCACACUGACUUCACGUCUUGUGCGUCUCAGCAACAACCUCAUACAGUUAAUAGAUUGCAGUAUGGCUGCACAGGAGGAUACUAAGGAGCCGUCUGUGUCCUCUGUCCUGCCCUGGAUUAUCCUCCAUAGAAUAAUCCAGUACGAAGAGGAUAACUUCCGCUCAAUGUGUCAGCGGCAUGGACAAACAGAUGAUAAGGAAGGAGAUUCAAGCACUCCAAUGCUUCCAUCCUCCCUUAUGCUGCUGAACGCAGCCCAUGAGUACCUGGGCAGAAGAUCAUGGUGCUGUAACUCUGAUGGAGCUCUCCUAAAAUUCUAUGUACGUGUUCUUGUGAAAGAACUGGCAGCGUCCACCAAUGAAGAUGCCCAUCCCUUCAAAGAGGAGCUAGAGACAGCUCUGGAGCAGUGCUUCUAUUGUUUGUAUGGGUAUCCAAGCAAAAAGAGCAAGGCUCGAUAUCUGGAGGAGCAUUCUGUUCAGCAGGUGGAGCUGCUUUGGGAAGAUGCUCUUAUCUUGUUUGAGUACUUUAAACCAAAGACUCUUCCAGAAUUUGAUAGCUACAAAACCAGUACAGUCUCUGCUGAUCUAGCAAACCUGCUAAAGAAGAUGGCCACGAUUAAACCUCUGUCCGAUAAGCCUAAGUUGAGCAUGGACAUUGUCUCUGCUUAUAUUGAUGGCACAAGCAACAAGGUGCCAGCUCUUCCAGAAGGUGCUGAUGAUUCCCCUGCAAUACUGAAUGAGAUAUAUUACCUUCUUGCUGAUUAUCACUUUAAAAACAAGGAGCAAUCCAAAGCUAUAAAAUUCUACAUGCAUGACAUCUGCAUUUGUCCCAACAGAUUUGAUUCCUGGGCUGGCAUGGCCCUAGCAAGAGCAAGCCGUAUCCAGGACAAACUCAAUUCUAAUGAUAUGAAGAAUGAUGGCCCCAUAUGGAAACAUGCCACUGCUGUGCUAAACUGCUUUAAGCGAGCAUUGGAAAUUGACAGCUCUAAUUUGUCCUUGUGGAUUGAGUAUGGCACAAUGUCCUAUACUCUGCACUCUUUUGCUUCCCGUCAGCUCAAACAGUUGAUCAAAGAUGUGCCUCCAGAGCUGGUGGGACAGUUGAAGGAACGUCGGGACAGCAUGCUUGAGACAGCCAAGCAAUGCUUCAUGUCUGCUUCUCGUUGUGAAGGAGAAGGCGAUGAGGAAGAGUGGUUAAUUCAUUAUAUGCUGGGCAAGAUUUGUGAAAAACAGAAAGCAGCUCCAGAGCAGUAUCUGCAACACUACAAACAGGCAGCACAUUACCUGCAUGAGGAAGCAGCUCAUUAUCCUAAGAAGAUCCAUUAUCACAAUCCUCCAGAGCUGGCCAUGGAGGCUUUAGAGGUGUACUUCCGUCUUCAUGCAUCUGUCUUGAAACUGCUGGAGAAACCUGCCCAUGAGCUGGAUCAUAAAAUGUUAUUCACUGUCAUGAAGGAAGCUUCAGAGGGGCCAUUUGCCAAAGGAGAGGAGAAAAAUACACCCAAAGCCAGUGAGAAGGAGAAGCAUAGUGCGUUGGAUGAAGACUCCCACUCUUCAGCUGGGACGAUGCCAGGCCCCGGGAAUUCCAUCCCUUCCUCCUCUGGUCCAGGUCUGACAUCUCCACCUUACACAGCCACUCCGACUGACCACGAUUACAUCAAAUGUAAACCCCCCCGUCAUCAGGCCACACCGGACGAUCGCAGCCAGGACAGCAUGGCAGUUGUGCUGUCGGACUCUAGCUCCACACAGGACACAUUCACGGAACCAGCCAGUUCCCAGGACAGCACCAAGAGACUGUUUUUGGAGAAAAAACCCAAUUACUCUCAUACUGCAAUACAUUACAAAGAUAUACAAUCAAAUAUGGAUGAAAGGGGGAAAACGGAGGAACAGAUGGAACAGGCAGACAACACCAGCUCAGCAGAACAGAGAGUAGGUUCAGAAGUACAGACAUCCCCCACCUGCACUACUCCUGCAAGGGUUCUGUUUGCUCCUGCACCAUUGGGUGACCCUAGGAAAAAGCCUGAAGCUACUGUGGAGGUAUUGGAAUAUCCUCAGAGCCUACCUGAAGAUUCAGAGGGGCGACGUAAAGUCUUAAUUGAGCAAUGCAUCAGUUCCUUCAAGCUUUGUCUCGGCCGCUUUCCCCAGCACUACAAGAGUCUGUACAGGCUAGCCUGCCUGUAUAUUUACAGCAACACACACCAGAACUUCCAGUGGGCCCGAGACGUGUUGCUAGGCAGCAGUAUCCCGUGGCAGCAACUGGAGCACAUGCCAGCACAGGGACUCUUCUGCGAGAGGAACAAGACCAAUUUCUUCAAUGGAAUCUGGCGGAUACCUGUGGAUGAGAUAGAUCGCCCCGGCAGUUUUGCUUCUCAUAUGAGCCGUUCCAUCGUGCUCCUUCUGAACGUUCUGGCCCAACUCAAAGACUCCAACACGCUGCUGAAAAUCUCUUGCAUGCUACAGAGGACCCCCGAUCAGGGGAAGAAGUAUUUGCGGGAUGCGGAUCGGCAGGUUCUGGCAAAGAAAGCUUUCCUUUUCACCGUGAAAGUGUUGGAGGACACACUGAGUGACCUGACUGGGGAUUGCCAGACUUCGGACCCCAGUUCAUUCCUUACAACUUCCAUGACAACAGACGUGUCAGGCCGGCCCACAUCAGAGGACCGGAAAGAUGUACCACCCAGGAAGAACUUGGUUCUGGGAGAAGGGGUGACUGCUGGCCCAGAGAAUGGAGGCAAAGAAACAGUUCAGGGUCCUGCUACUCAGGCCAUGGAAACUGGGGAAGCCAGGAUUGUAAAAGAGCCAUUGAAGGCUCAGUCUUCUGAUCCUAUGGACCAUGAUGGACACUUCUGCAAUGCCGAGAAAUUUGCAGACCUUUUCAGAAAGGACUCCACUAAGGCUCAUAAGGAGAAAGGACCUGAGGGAUCAGAGUUAUCACUAGAAGAUCUUAGCAUCAGUUCAAAGCAUCAUCUGCCUGCAGGAAGCAAGGGCUCUGGACAGCAAACACAGCAAACAGAGGAUGCACCACACCGAGCCAGCCGCAAGAGAAAGCUGCUGGACGACACAGAGGACAGUAAAAACUUACUUCUGGAGGCCUACAGAGUUUGGCAGCAAGGUCAAAAAGUAACAGCAUACGACUUGGCCAAGAUUGAAAAUAUCAUGUGUAAAACGUAUAUGCUAAUAAAACAGGUGGAUGAAGGUGCUGCAUUAGAGCAAGCCAUUAAAUUCUGCCAACUUCAGAUGGGAGCAGCCGCACAGAAGCAGCAACCUUCAGAUACUCCCAGCACUCCAAAGACUACAAAAGAUCCCCGGGAGAUAGCUUUUCCAUUGCCGGCUGUCUCAGUUCAGCUCACUCCCCUCAACCUGUCCUCGUUCUGCUCAGAGAGCCUACUGCGACUUUCUGAGCACCAGGUGAAAGUCCGAUCAGUACCAGCCACCUCAUCAUCUCAGCUUGAAGCCAGCCGAGGAACAGGGACCAAAGUCUGCUCUACCAUGUCGCAAGCCACCCGAAAUGAACAUGUAGAAGACGCAUCAUUUCCUCGUCAGGACACCCGUGUAAGCCAAUCGGCCAAAGCUGUAACCAUCAGCACAGUAUCGGACUCUUCUCAUUGGCUGUCGGACAGGGUCACAAUCUUUGCCAGUACCAGUCACACAGACACAGCCUGCAGUUCCAAACCAUCACCAGAUCCCAGUGUCCAGCCCAAUAAAAUGGAUGCUGCACGAAACAAGCCCCGGAUACCCCCACAUAUGCCAAAGCUCUUCAUUCCCUCUUCCAGUGUCAACAAAUUCCCACCAGAGAUCACAGUCACACCCCCAACACCAACCCUUCUCUCUCCCAAGGGUAGCAUCUCUGAGGAAACCAAACAGAAGCUAAAGUCUGUCAUCCUGUCCUCUCAAUCUGCUGCCAAUGUGAAGAAGGAGACUUUGUGCCAACCAGCUCUAGAGAUCCUGGACACUUCCAGUCAGGAGUCAUCCCUUGAGAGCGACACCGAUGAGGAUGAUGACUACAUGGACAUCUAAGGACUUCACAGUGUUCACUUCUCACCAACUGCCAAAUGAAAAUCCUGCCUAUGACUCCCACCAGAUUGUGCUUGCAUGCUACAGCUCUUGGCAUGUGAAUUGCUUUGCGUCUGCCAGCAGCCAAAUCGCCAUAUUAUAGUGUGCCAGCGCUAUGUGCAGGUCCUCCUGGCCGGCCUGGGAGAAGGGUCAGGGCAUAAAGAACUUGCAGGAGUCUCUCUGGCUUUGCACAGGGCUCUUUGCCUAUUUCAGGCCUGGAAGACCACACAGUAGAUAUUCCUGAACUGUUGCGGACUUGAACUUCAUUUCUGACGAAUAAUAUCAUUCAUAAUGUUGUGUCAGAUCGUUCUGCAGCUCCAAUCUUGGUGCUGAUCUGAGAACUUUUGACUCGGUGGAGUUGCUGAAAAUCACAGGCUAUGUCACCUCCUUUUGAGGUCCAUUUUUAUAAGACAGAAUGUGAUGUUUGUAUUAUAAACACAAAGGUGUAGAUGAAAAGAAAAUUGCGAUAAUGACAGAAUUCCAAGAACUGAUAUAUGUUGCACAGUUUUUUGUAAAAAAAGAAAU